AUUUUUUUAUUUUUUAUUUUGUCAUUCAUCUCUCCUCCCACGCAUAUACGGCUACGCAUGCUUGCUUUAUUAUUUCACCAUUGAAUUCUUUUUUAUCAUACAAUGGAUUACGAGUCAGUUACUCAAGACCAGGAUCAUGAGCGGUUUCGGAAUUUGGCAAGAGUGAGUAAGACGCAGCAUCAAGAAUUCAUGAAGCAAUCAAAACUUGCCUCUUUAUCGGGUGAUGUGGACAGAGAGAGAGCAUUUCUACUAAAAGCAAAGGAGUAUAAGCGCGAAAUGAUCCAGCACAAUAACAAAGCAAGGGACAUUGUGUUUAAAGCCAAGAAUGCUUCCAGUGCACCUAAUGAAAUAGAUUUACACGGUCUCUUGGUUAAAGAAGCUGAGGAGAUUGCGCGUGAUCGAAUAAAGAAGUUUAUCAAAAACAAGGAGAAGGAUCUGAUCAUCAUCGUGGGUCAAGGAAAAAAUUCUCCGAAUGGUGUUCCCAAGCUCAAGCCAGCAAUCAUUGAACUACUGAAAGAGUUCAAUGUCAAGGCUACACUUGACAAGUUGAAUAAUGGACGGAUCUCCAUCGAGCAAUUGGCUCCAAGCCAAUCUUCGUCUGCAAACCGCUGUUUGCCCACAAGCCAGUAUUCGUGCGAUGGCCAGUGUUCAUCCACUGGCCGCUAUCCAUCCACAAGCCAGCAUCCAUAUUCAUCUACAAGUCACCACCCAUAUUCAUCUACAAACCAGUAUCCAUAUUCGUCUUCAAGCCGGCCGUCGUCUUCAAACCAGUAUUCGUCUGCAAACCGGUAUUCGCCUACAGGGCGCUAUUCAUCUGCAGGUCAGUAUUUAUAUUCGUCAUCAAGCCAGACUUGGGACAACCGCCAGACUUGGGACAACCGCCAGACUUGGGACAGCCGCCCGCCUCCAGACGACGGAUCCUGGUCUCGAUUAUCCAAACUUUUACUUUUCGGAGCCGCGGUAUAUUUCGCUUUCUUCCGUUCGUAAAGUGAGCUUACUUUGGUGUGGACCUUUGUUGCUACUAGAAGAAUUGCUGUGUUAGAACUUUGUUAUUUUUUAUUCACAAACCAAGG